AUGGCUGAGCUUGUUACGUGGUGCACCAGUCGAUUGGCUAUCCUCAAAUGGCUUCAAAUUGUAAGGGAUCGUAUGAUUUGUAUCGCUUAAUUUUAAAUACUUUCAGUUGUGCGCUUUAGUGGCAGUUCUGUUCUUGAUAGAUGGUCGAUUCCAAUGGAAAUUGUAUACUUUCAUCUUUGUCGCCUGCAUUGUCCUGGCCGCUCUUUCGUUCUUGACAUUGGCCUUGUACUUCUUCCGAGUUCACAGUCAAAACAAACAAUUACCAUGGGUUCAAACCGUACGUGUGCUUGAUUAGUCAUCAUAAGUAUACGUUUAUUUCAAAAAUGCUUCAAAGGAAACAUUCCUUUAUAGGAGAUUGCUUUCAAUUCAGUCGCAGUGGUGGUGUGUCUUCUGACUUGCGGUAUCCUAAUUUAUGACCUGGCCAAUUUGGCGAACGGGCAUCACAACCAUCAUCGUUACACUGCUCCAGCCAACAUUGGAAACGACGGCUGGUUCAAUCGAGUUAUUGUCGUAUUGGUAAGACAAGCGAUGACCAAUACAAUAUUACUUUAUUACAGGCUACUCAAGUGCUAAAUACGGUAUUUUACCUCGCCUCCUUGGUUAGAACGAAGCGAUAUGGCAUCAAGUAG